GUCGCGACGCGCGCGAGUAGCACCACACCGCCGGAGCGUGUGUGUGCGUUGCGUGCGUGCGCGCUCUCUGUCCGCUUACUACUCGCUCCGUUCCUCCUCGCUCGUACUCUCCUCUGCCCGGUCGUAGGGAGCAGGAGGCCAGCGCAGGCCAGCGCGAGAGAGUUGUUAUCGUCCUCGUGCGUGCGCGCCCGCGCGCGUGUCUCAUCAGCGUCAGCAGCCCUAAAACGUCAGCCGCCACGGUCAUCGUCGUCGUCGUCGUCAAAAACGUUGCUCCGUCGUCGUUAUCUUCGUUUUUUGGCCCGAGGUCUCGUUUAGUCGCGUGUGUACGCCGCGUCCUUCCCGACUGGCCCGCGCGCGUGCAUGGACGACACGCGCGCACGAGCCGACGAGGAUAUCAUAGCCCUGGAUUCGUCCCGCUUACGCUCGUCCGCUCGGCUCGGCUCCGCCGCGAGCAUCGCCGCCGCCGCCGCCGUCACUGCCACCGCUGCCGCCGUCGCUACUACAACCACCUCCGCCACCUCCUCGGCCGCCGCCGCCACCUGCCGCGUCGCGAGACGCAAGAGGAAGAAGAGGAGGCGUCAGCGACUCGCUACGAGCAACGACGACGUGCCCGGCGUCGCUACCACGUCGACUGGUAACGCCGUCGUAGCUGAGGAUCCCGUCGCGACCGACGCUGCCGACGCCGUCGUCAUCCUCGAGCCUGACGCUGACGCCGACGCCGACGCCGACACCGACGCCGUCGCGAACGCAGCCACCGGGGAGACAGACCCAGCGGCAGCGCGGGUCGAUAAACUGAGGAGCCGCCUCCUCGGCGAGCAGCAGACCGCCGGUGGCGGCGGGGAGGGCCAGCAGCAGCAGCUACGCGUCGGAGGAAGCGGCACGCGCGCGGCGGCCGCCUCCUCCGUCGGCACCACCGGCGUGACGCAUCUUAACCGACGCGCCGGCAAGCGCUCGCCGAGGCGAUGCAACGCCGGCGGGCGUAGGAGCGCGUUGACGAUGGACCUACAGCGGCUGAUCAACGAGGUGCACGCGAGGCCCGCGAUCUGGGACCAGAAGAACGUCAACUACCACAACCGCGACGUCAUACUGAAGAUGUGGCGGGAGAUCGCGAGGGCAUGCGAGGUGUCGACGGAUGUCGCCAAGUCCAAAUGGAAACACCUGCGUGACAACUUUCGGAACGAGCUGAAAAAGACCUAUCGGGGCAAGUGCGACGGUAUCGGCGGCACCGAGCACGACUCCAAGUGGGUCUGGUUCAAGAGCUUGUUCUUCCUGCGGGACCAAAUGAACUCGAGGGUGAUCGGCUGCGCUCUGUCGCAGAACUGCGUGGGCGCGACGGUCGGUAUGCGCUCGUCGCCGGACGGCACGCAGAUCGAGCCGCAAAUCGAUAUUCUCGAGGGCCACGAGGAGACGCAGUUCGACGACCUGGACGGUGACUCCUGUCAGUCGUUGCUGUCCAACGAUGACGGCCUGCAUCAGGUGAUGCCGCCGCCGAAGAUGAACAAGAUGAUAAUCGGUCGGAAGCGGGCGCUGAUGGACGCCCUCGAAAACGAUUACGGCGUGGAGGUGGAUCGAAAGCGGUACGAGUCGCUGCAGAAGAGACUGGCGAUCGGCGCCGAGGACGAAGACGAUACCUAUCACUUCCUCAUGAGCGUGCGAAAUCCCCUGAGGAGCCUGCCGCUCGACCGGCAGAUGUUCGUACGUCUCAAGAUUCAGGAGUUGGUCUACAACGAGAUCAACUCGCAGAAUCAGCAGCAGCAGCAGAACGCGAGCCGCGGGGUCUACGACGCUUCCUCGCAGGGCCAAGACGUGAAACCCCCCCGCGCCGGUAACGGCGGCAACGGCGUCGUCGGCGGCGACGUCAGCGACAUGUCGAAUCCGGCGUCGUUGCUGCAGAACUGCACGCCCGAGGGCUCCGGCGAUGACGCCUUCUUCGGCUGACGAGAGCCCGUUCGCAGUUUAAUUUGCUAAUAGACGUAAGGAUUAUAAUUUUAAUAGAGAAUAAACAAUGGUAUUUUUUCAGUAA